CGCUAACGUCACACUGUUUGAACAAGAUGGCGUCUGGUAGAAAGGUGUGUUAGCAGAGUCUCUUUGUUGUGUUUUUAAAGUGUGAACAUGUCUAAAGUCCAAAUGCUGAGAUCGUUGGUGAAGCAGCGACUAACUGCGGCUGCUGAAGAGAUAUUUGGGCUGGUUGAAAGAACGAUAGCAGAGUACGAGGAGGAACUUUGUCGAUCAAAAGAGGAGAACGAGCGACAACGGAAACUACUGGACGCUGUUUUCAACCCUCAGCUUCAGUUACACAGAGCAGACGUCCAGCAGCUGUUGGUGGUUAAAGAAGAGGUUCCCCCUGAGCAGCAGGAGUGGAGCUCCAGUGUGGACCAGGAGGACCCAGAGCCUCCACACAUUAAAGAGGAACAGGAGGAACUCUGCAUCAGUCAGGAGGGAGAGCAGCUUCAAGGGCUGGAGGAGGAUGAUAUCACCAAGUUCACAUCCACUCCUGUCCCUGUGAAGAGUGAAGAUGAUGAAGAGAAACCUCAGUCCUCACAGCUUCAUCAAAGACACACUGAACAGAUGGAAACAGAAGCAGAGGGAGAGGACUGUGGAGGAGCAGAACCAGCCAGGAACUCAGAUCCAGAUACACAUUUACAACCUGAGACUGAUGACGAGACUGGAGAGUCUUCUGAACCAGAGACUGAUGGCAGUGAUAGUGAUUUGGUGGAAACAAGAGAACCUCAGUCAGGUUUAAACUCUGAUGAGAAACGAUUUAGUUGCUCUGAGUGUGGGAAAAGAUUCGGUCGCAAUGGAGAUCUUAACAGACACAUGAGAUCACAUACAGGAGAGAAACCAUUUAGUUGCUCUGAGUGUGGGAAAAGAUUUAGUCAAAGUGGAACUCUGAGGGUACACAUGAGAUCUCAUACAGGGGAGAAACCAUUUAGUUGCUCUGAGUGUGGGAAAAGAUUUAGUCAAAGUGGAGUUCUGAGGGUACACGUGAGAUCUCAUACAGGGGAGAAACCAUUUAGCUGCUCCGAGUGUGGGAAAAGAUUUAGUCGAAAUCAUCAUCUGAACAGACACAUGAGAUCGCAUACAGCAGAGAAACCAUUAAAUUGCUCCAAGUGUGGGAAAAGAUUUAUUCAAAGUGGAGCUCUGAGGGUACACAUGAGAUCUCAUACAGGAGGGAAACCAUUUAGUUGCUCUGAGUGGGAAAAGAUGUGUUUGCAGUAAAAAAUUAAAAAGACAUGAGAUCGCACACAGAAGAGAAACCAUUUAGCUGCUCUGAGUGUGGGAAAACAUUUGGUUACAGUAGUGUUUUAAAGAAACACAUGAGGGCUCAUACUGGAGAGAAACCAUUGCGUUGCUCUGAGGGUGGGAAAAGAUUUAGUCAAAGUGGAAAUCUGACAGCACACAUGAGAUCUUAUGCAGGAGAGAAAUCAUAUUACUGCUUUUAAUGUGGGAAAAUAUUUGGUUACAGUAGUGUUUUAAUGAUACACAUGAGAUCUUAUACAGGAGAGAAACCAUUCAGCUGUUCAACUUGUGGAAAAUUGUUUACACAAUGUGGAUAUUUACAUGCACACAUAAGGAAAACUUGUGAUGGGGAAAACUGAUUAAUCUAUUCAGUGUGAAAAAAUAUAUUUUAUUUGGAAAAAGACUAAAAAAACAACAACAUGAGAACUCGUACAGGACAAACACUUUUCAGCUUCAGUGUUUGUAUGAAAUCUUUUGCACAAACUGGACAGUUACACAAAUGCAUUAAAUCCCACACAAGAGAGAAACUUUUCAGCUGCAGUGUUUGGCACUAAAGAUUCACUUGGCCUUAACAACUCAGAAACUUUUAAUGUUUUGUUUGUUAGUCUGCUCAGCCUCAUCAAACUCAAACUGAGGAGAGCAGAGAGGCAGAGUCUCCAGCCAGCAGCUCAACUACACAGAUGGAACCAGAAGUUAACAGAGAGGACUGUGGAGGACCAGAAUCAGCCAGAUACACAUUUUCAACCUGAGACUGAUGAUAAGAUGGAAGACUCUUCUAAACCUGCGACUGAUGACAGUGAUAAUGGUUGGAAGGAGACCAGAGAACCUCUGUCAGUCAGUCAUGUGACACUCAAUACUAACCAAAAACAAUUAAGUUACUCAGUGUGGGGUAAAAAGAUUUGUCUGUCAGAGAUGCUCAGUUUUUACAGUCCACAGCUCCUCUGCAUAGUUUUUGCCAUCUUUCCUUCUCUCAUCUUAUGUGCAGCGGCACUGUGCAGUCAAGGGCUAGGCCUUGGGCUGAUGCGGACAGGCGCAUCAGAGGGGACACCGCUGAGCGACCUUCAUGAUUCAGCCUUCAUUUGAAAUUGUGUUAUCAGCUUUACACUCCCAGUUUGGAGGAGCAGACUAGAGAACUGGCAUGGUUAGGUCACUUCCAAAAGUCACACAAUAACACAAACUAACUGUCCAAUUGAAGGGCAGCUGAAGACCAGCGACUCAUUGUGUUCUGUGAGGUAAAAUUACUGAUUCUUUCAGUGGAGUCUGGUUCCUUUUAGGAGAGCAUCAUGUAACUGCAUCAGUUUGCCAUUGUAAAGGGCUGUCUGACAGCAAGGUGAGGUGUUGAAAAUACCCUUAACAAAGUGUUCUUUUACAUUGGUGAUCCUUUUUUUUUCAUGUGGCUAAGAUAGGUUUUGCUGCUACCCCCGUCCAGUCACCAGACUCCUUUGAUAGAAACAGCAAUUUUUUUCUACCUGGCUCUCAUGCCAAUUUUUUGUCUCUUCUGUGUCCCCUCUCUAAAUUCAGAGGAUUUUACGGGUUGAGGAAUACAGCGCAGGCGGAAGUCUUCAUGAUUUUUAAAAAGAAAUAAUUCCUCCCUCCCUAUUGUAAAAGCAGCAGCAGCCAGGGGUGUAAAUAUAGACAGCACAGGUAGUGCGGUUGCACUGGACCUUGCAAAUGAUUCAGAUUUCCACCUCGGAACUACAGCUAUGUUUCUAAAGAAAAAAAAAUCCCAUUACAUUAAAAAUGGUGCCAUUUGCUACAGGCUAUUUGACCUGAAACAUGCCAACACAUCUCUGUUAUAGUUUUCUUUUUUUCUUUUCUUUCCUUUUUGUAAAAUAGUUAGUAGCAAUCUACAACAAAAUGAUAUGCUGAUUCUACAUGAACCCGAAAAACCAUGAAUAAACUUUAUUUAAUUUAAAAAUGAUUCAAUUAAAUAAAUAAUUUCUUGUUUCUUUCAUACUUUUGUCAUGUACAUGCAUGCAAUGAUGAUUGUUGGGUAACAUGUAUGUUGAUGUUGCCUAGUGUCAAGUCUCUAUUUGGUCAUGUGACAAGUUGAUGCAAUUUACAGUUUCUUGUUUAGGUGCAAAAUCUGUCAAGACUGACAAGCUGAGCACAUCUACCAUACAUGGUGCCACCUGCUACUCCGUAACCACAUACGCACACUGAUGGAACAGCCAUCGGAUGUGUGGACUUGAGGGGCCAGGGAUCGAAUCGCUGAUCUCGCUGCAGUCGCCCACAAUAUUGUGCACUGUUAACUACCUUACACCACUUUUAGUAGCAGCAGUUUAGCAGUAGUAGAAGUACUGGUAAUGAUGUGGUAUAUACCCCAUGAAAAUAAUAAAGGCUCAUUAUUCAUUUUCACCUGUUAAAAACAUAAAACGUGGGCAUUUUAAUUUUUUGGGAAAUUGUGGCUUUUAUUUUGCAAAAAGAAAAAGGAUUUAAAGUAUGUUGAAUGUGAAGGGAGAAUAUAACAUGAGCAAUAUGUUAUCUAAAGUAAAAACAACUCUUACCUGUGUUUUAAAGGAAUCUGUCGCCAUCUAGUGGUCAAAAGGAGGAAGCUGAUUUUGACCCACAGGUGAAAACAAUCAUUUUGGGAUUUUUCAAAGCACAGCCACUCCACCUGUGUGAACGAAAGGGAGUGUGGAGGAAAGAAGCAGCAGGAGAUUUAUAUUAAAGCUCUGUGUUGCAGCUUUUUGCCCAAGAGAACCUCAGACAUGUCGGACAGAUGUUUAACUCUGAGAGACAUUUGGGGAAUUUUACCCCAACUGGUCAACAGCUCCACAAAACCAGCCACAACUCAGCCCUGAGCAGAGUGACCAUCUGCUAUU